GUUGCAAAUGGCGUCCAUUAGUUUCAUAUAUAUACUUGUCUAUGAUGGCGUCGGACAUCAUAAUUUAAUAAUGUUGUUGUAUAUGGAGUCGGGUAUCUAGUUAUUAUACAUAUCUGUGUUUAUAGUCGGCGGCGGCAAGGGGGAAGUGUUUACACCUUAUCGGCUUAUCAAUGAUCAGUCCAUCCGUUGUUCCAAACCGAGUUCCAAACAGUAUUCUUGUCUAUAGUUCCAAAAUUCAAAAUUUAAUUUCCUAAUGAGUUUAUCGUUUAAAUUUCUGUUGGAUUAAAUGUAUUUAUAUUAACUGUCAAUUGUUAUACCGCAUUAUCUGCGCAGUGUAUAGUAUUUACACCUACAAAAAUCAAUAUAAAUUUUAUAUUUUUAUUUUUAUUUCAACAUAGUUAUUAUUUAGUUUCAAAAUGAUGGAAAAUGAAGGGGAGUUACAAAAUGUAAUACAAUUUAAACUACUUGCUCCAGAUGGAAUUAAGAAAUGUCAAAAUAUAAACAAUGAAGAAAAAAAUGGACAAACCAUUAUUUUAGAUAAAUAUAAUUCAAGGGAUUUUUCAAUUAUAAUGAACAGUUUGAAGACAUUCAAUCAUAUGAAAAUGAAGAAAAACGAAAAUUUAAAUAACCUAAAUAUUUUUUUCAAUAAUGUUAAGCAUAACAAAGAAGCCCACAAUAAAGCACUAGCAAUAUUCAAUUCAAGGUUAAAUAAUAAGUAAUUUGAAUAGGUAUGUUAAAUAUUUAUGUUAAAAAAAAUAAUACAUACUUUAAUUGUUUUUCUAGAAGAAUUUUCUAUAUUGUGGAUAUAAUAAUAAAAUGUUUAUUAAUAUGUAAGUAUAGCUUAAGUUUUUAAAAUAAACAUGUUUAUUUAUAUACAUAAAA